GAAAGAACAAGAUAAUCGGAGAAAAGAAAGGAAGAACAAGAUAAUUGGAGAAAAGAAAGGUUUGUUUACAUUGGGAUUGAGAUAGAAGUGGAUUGAGCUCAACCCUCGUCCCUUUUUUCCCUGACAACUCCCCCUCUGUUCCUCCAGGGAAGGCUUGUGAGGGGCCUUUGUCUCUCACACGCCCUCCUCAUGCCCAAAGGGACGCUCGCACAAGGAGGAAGGGGCCUGGAACAGCACCGCCGCGUGUCAUCUGUGUGGAAGUCCUAUCUAUACCAGUUACAACAAGAGGCACCCAAACCUGCUGCCGUACUUUGCACUGACCGUCCCCCAGAUUCUCCCCCAUAUUACGGGUUGGAAUAUCAUGGAAAAAUUACCAGACACCAUUGUGAGAAACUGCUCACUGAGAAUGGAACUUACAUAGUGAGGCACAGUGAUAGAGCGGAGGGAUUUUAUACACUUAGCAUGAGAUUCAAUGAUGUGAUCAAGCAUUUCCGCUUGUACUAUGAUGGUAAGCACUAUGUGGGCGAGAAGCGCUUUGACACAGUGCAUGACUUGGUUGCCGAUGGACUGGUCACCCUGUACAUGGAGUCGCAGGCAGGGGAAUACCUGAAGAAGAUGUCAGCCACCUCCUACCUCAAUUCCCCUCACUACACCAUCACCAAGUCCCUCAGAAGGCACAUUCGCACCAACAGAUAUGCCGUUGUUGACACUGAGAACCAACGGCCAGUUAGCCCCAAGGACACGACCCCCUUCUCAAAGGCGGAGGAGCAAGACAAAGACAACUGCAGCGCUCAGGACAUCACCACGCAGCGCCCACAUCGCUUCAAUGUCCACACCUUUACGGGGCUGCACUGGUGUGGCCUCUGUGGGCACUUCCUCUGGGGCUUUGUGUCGCAGGGUGUCAAGUGCCAAGACUGCAACUUCAAGGCGCAUAAACAGUGCAGUUCCAGAGUCCCCAAUGACUGCUGUCCAGAUCUCAAGGACCUGCAAACAAAUUUGCCCCUUAUUCAUCUCUUAUCCUCCUCAUCAUCUGAUUUCUUCCUUCAACUUCAAUGCACAACUUAUUCAGGCAUAUUUGGGGCUGACCUGACCACUAGUCUGCGAGGAUCUACAGAGAGCGUGCCAAGCGUUGUAACAGAGUGUGUUUCGGAAGUGGAAGCACGCGGCCUAACAAUGGAGGGCAUCUAUAGGGUUCCAGGCUCACAGGACCAGAUUGAAGCACUGAGGCUGGCAUUUGAGAGAGACGGAAAUCGCGUGAACCUGACCGAGAAGGCAGUGCCUGACAUCAAUGUGGUUGCUGGAGUGCUGAAGUUAUACUUACGUCUCUUGCCCAUUCCCCUGAUUACAAGCCAGUGCUUCCUUAAGCUGCAAGCCGUGUGCAAGCUCAGUACCCGGGAGGCUAAAGUGUCGGGCAUUCGAGAAGCUUUACAAACUCUCCCAGCGGCACACCUGUCCACUCUCAAGGUCAUCAUCAUGCAUCUUGCCAGAGUUUGUGACCACAGUGCUGUCAAUAAGAUGACAGCUACCAGUCUGAGCACAGUGUUUGCUCCCACCUUGGUUCAGUCAGCCGUGCCGGGGGAAAACAUACAGCCAGCGGAUUUGUUAGCAAUGGCCAACUCAGCUCAAGAACCAAGAGUUGUCGAGGUUCUUGUGGUCUACCACCGUGACAUUUUUCUAUAGUUCCUGUUUGUAGGUGGAUGGUAAAGUAUUAACUAUUUUCACAGUGAUAUUUCCUUAGAACUGAUUAUGAAAUACUUAUUUCAGUGAUGGUCGUAAGGUAGAUUAAAGAAUUGUUUUUUUUAGUAGACAGAAAACAUCAUAACUUUUUUAUGAACAUUGUAUAAGUAUGAGUAGUCAAUUACUGUGAUUUCUUCAUAAGCUAUUGUACUUUAUGAUGACUUAGUAACACUGACCAGUAACAUGACACCUAUGAUACACCGACUCUGAUGUCAUGAUAGCUUUAGUAGGUUUUUGGUUGGCUGAAGUCAAAAGAGAGUUUGCCAUCUGAGCCUGUGUACCAGAGUGUUGGUGCCUUUUAUGUGGAAUCAAAAAAUUGAUCUGUAUGACACAAGUCCAUUGUGCCGAGAUAGAAAGAGAAUGAAAUGAUUUUUGCCUUUCUUCACAUUUCAGGUUUAAGUGUUCUUUACUGUGAUGUGUUUCCAUCACAGGUGAUCAAAUUUGUAGAACAAGUGUCUUUUCACAUCAAGCAUCUUGAUUUUUUGCUUGCUGAUAUGAUAUUAUAUUAAUCCAAGAGAGAUGUAGUGAUAGGUGCUGACUUAUAGCAAAUUAUAAAGCAGUGAAUAUUGCUUAUAUUUUAGUGGUUUGAUAGCUUAUGUAGGGUCCCUAUAUCUAUAUAUUGAUUAGUGUGUUACAGCUUUUAAUGUCAGUUUUUUAUGCAUUUAAACAUUAUUUUAGUUUAUGUAGUGUGUGCAGUAUGCACUUAAAGAAAGUUUUAUAGUGGAUUUUUUCAGGGAAAAAUAAUGAAAAAAAAAAUCAUUGACCUUUAUAUAUUGACAAUCAUAUUUCUAAUUCCUUUUAGACAGCUGUUAAUUUGUACUGCAUUUCUUCUCAAAUUUCAUUAUUAAUUCAUAUAUUCGUCUACUUUGACCAGUGUUUAUUGAAGAGCUUUGUGCCUUUAUGGUUUUCACAAACUUCAAAAACAAUUGUCUGUUUUUGCUUCUCUCUCUUAGCUCUUCCUUCUCUUCUCCUCCACCCCCUCCACUCCUCCAACCCCUUCAUUCCUCCAUCCCCUUCACUCCUCCACCCCCCUCCCCUCCUUCACCUCCUACACCACCUCCUCCUUUCUCCUUUCUCAUUUCUCCUCCUCUUCUUCUUCUUCCUAAUUUUCCUCUUCCUCCUCCUCCUCCUCCUCUUCCUCCUUCUCCUUCUCCUUCUCCUCCUCCUCCUCCUCCUCCUCCUCCUCCUCCUCCUCCUCCUCCUCCUCCUCCUCUCUGUAAUCCUUCCCCUGCUUUUAUAUCAUUAUAUAUAUGUAUGAGCAGUUCAAGAAAUGCAGAAAAAAACCCAUAAAGCUGGUAAAGACAACUCCAUAGUCAAUGGCAGAGAAGGAAAGAAAAGAACAGAUAUUAUAGUCUGGUUCUAUAGAUCUUUGAAGAAAUUUCACCCUUCCAGCUUCCGAAUUAGGUGUAGCAUUAGCGUUAAGAUCUUGCACCCCAGCUAGAGUUAAACGACUCUCAUUCCGUCCAUUGCAGAAGGAAAGAAAAAGGAAAGAUAUUUUAUUGCUGUCUUUUGUAAGCAGGGUUGGGGUAUUAACCUGUUGUCACUGGAGGACAUGUAUACAUACACUGUCCACUGUGUCUUUGUUUUUUCUAUUGAUGUGUUUUAUAGGUAAAUGGUUCUAUCACCAAGUCAGUUGCCAAUUAAUGCAGAAAUCUAUAGACAUUUUAUACACACACACGCACACGCACACGCACACACAAACAAACAAACACACACACACACACACACACACACACACACACACACACACACACACACACACACACACACACACACACACACACACACACACACACACACACACAUAAAUAAAUAUAUUUGUUUUAUAGCUGGUGUAAACUUCAGGGCAUGAAAGAAAAUACAUGUUUUUUGCAUAACCUUGAGUGAUAUGCUGGAGCUGUAAAGGCAGAGAACACUGAUGAGACUCUUCCAGAAAUAUGAUUUCAUUAAUGGUGGAGAAUGGGAACCUUGAGUAAUUAAUUAUUAAUCAAGUAGAACUAAUGUAAGAAUGUUGGAGGCACAAUGAAUCAUUGGAUCAUUUUAUGUUUAUAGAUGCAGGUGAAAGACAUAAUGUCGUAAUGAAAGUACAGGGAUCAUUGCAUCAGUUGCAUGUUGCAGACCAAGA